AUGGAACUGCUGCUAAACAUCUUGCACUUCCGGAGCGUCGAUAUCCCCACCACCUUACCUCUGAAGACCCUCGCUAUGCUCGGCAUCGAGUGCGACAAGUAUGCCUGCGAAUCAGCCCUUGCGCCGUGGAUAUUGAUCUGGUGCCAAAAUAUCCGCGUCUCCGACAUCACAGAAGAAAUCGACCUAAAAUACGCGGUACUCGUGGCGCACAAACUCAAGCCGCCGAACUUCUUAACUAUAUUAUCUAAUGUUGGAUCAAAGAUGACGCCCGCCACUCUCCAGAACUGGCAGGGCGAUCCACUGUUGGAUAAACAUAUACCAAUAUCUAUUCUAGACACCAUCUCGAGAAAGAGACAGGAAACCCUGGACAGUCUCCGCGAGCUAAUAGAGGGCCGCGAAACGGCGCUACAUUGCACGACGGCCGUCUUCCCCAUGACGGGAGUGCUAUGCCCGCAGUGCACGCAACUACACCCCGACGGCACCAAGAACUGCCAUUCGUGCCACAACUCCACGACACUCAUCAAACGUCUCUGCACUUCCGAGCACCGCGUCACCACGUACUUUGACAUUCUCAAGACGCACAAGCUGUGGCCUACUGUCGCGCCCUUUGCGGCCUGCUAG